UUGUUAAUUGCUAAGUUAGUUAAAGUGUUUGUUUAUAUAUAUAUAUAUAAACAAUCUGCAAACAAACGCGGACGACCUAGCUAGCCAUCCAACCAGCUAACGUUAGCUAGCUAGCGACCGACAUUAGCCAACGUUCCUUCAAAAUGUUAGCUACUAUAGUUAGGCAGAAUGCAUAGAACGCUCGCAAUUGUCUUAUCAGUUUAUCUCUAACACAUUGGUAAAAAUCUGCGUUCGUUUUCUAAUUUGUAUUUUGUCCCCUUCGUUGCAUGGCAGGAUGCACGUUUACCGUGGUUGAAAACACUGGCCUUCGACGUUGUUCCGCAAAAUAGCUACUGUAGUUGGUUAGGAGGGGGCUCAACAAAGAACCAGGAAGCAUAAUGCUCAUUGGCCUAGCAAGAGAGUGUGAGAUUGAAGCUACUAAUUAUACAAAUGGUUAAUUUAAAGACAAAUACCCACAUUUAAUUCCCAUGCAGAGUUGGAUUUUUAUUUUUUACAAUGAACUGUUGUCAGGUAUUCUCGUCAAUAGUAAAUCAUGGUGUCCUCACUACAUUUUUUUUUUAUAUAAAGUGAUUGAUCCAUAACAGAAGUAUUGUUUUAGGCACACUUAGGGAUGGAUCCCUGGAAUACCCAUUGAUUACUGCAUAUUAUUUUCCCACAGAAUAAAAUCUCCCCCAAAACAUUCUAUAUGCCAUUUAGCAGAUGCUUUUAUCCAUAGAAACUUAGUCAUGUGUGCAUACAUUUUACAAAGGCAUGGCCCUGGGAGUCAAACCCACAACCCUGGCGUUGCAAGCACCUUGCUCUACCAACUGAGCUACACAGUCUCUUAUAACCAUAAUGUCUUUACACAGGGAUUCCUAUCAGUGGAGUGCACUGAGGUUUACAUUUUGUUCUGCAGGCUGGCAGUGCCAGGGUGCCCUCACAGGUAUAGGUGGCUAUCUCUUGGGUGUGUAAACAGGCCUAGGGGUGCAACAUGAAUUUCAAAUUCACCUAUAGCGAAAUAGAGGAACUUGGGGGCAACUUGCCCAUGAAGAAAAGGAAGUCACGCUUCACCUUCGAUGAAGUCCAUCUGCUGCUGUCUGAGGUCAAAAGAAACAGGCACAUCCUCGUAAGCAAGUUCAACCAAGGCGCCUCGUCAGACCUGAGGAAGCGAACAUGGGCGGACAUCGCGAUUUGCAUCAACAAAAUCAGCGAGUGCCAAAGGGAGGUCAUGGAGAUCGUCAAGAAGUGGGCGGACCUAAAGUGCGACGCCAAGCGCAGGAUGGUGGCCAUGCGAGGGCCUAAUGGUGUCCGUAUCUCCCAGAACAUGUCGCCGGUGGAGAAAAUGGUCCACGAAAUACUAGCCACGUCCCCUCCGAACAAGGCCACCAUGGGCAGUAUGAAUCAUGAACCUGAGGAGAAUGACUUUGGUGACAUGUCAGAGAUGUUGACUCGCUCCUCUGGCACUUCUAAUGGUAUGGCUGGCCUUCAUCAUAUGGGUAUGCCUGGCACCAGCCCCCAUGCCAUGGGCUCGUCUAUGUCACCUUUCUCAACUCAAGAUAAAGAUAUUGGCAUGUUUUCUCGGAUGCCAUUUGGCCGGGAUCCUUCUCAGUCGUCUCAUGAUUUUUCAUUCAUGACACCAGUCGAUGAAGACAACAGUCUGGGAUUUGAGGACCUAGAAGAGGAGCCGCGGCACAUGGGCUCCUUCCGCCCCCCUGCUGAGCCUCGUCGCACCUACUCCAGAUUCGCCACCUCUUCCACCGCUGUGUCUUCCUCCAUGGCUACUUCCUCGUCCUCCCUCCCAGCUCCCUCUUCCUUUCUCCCUGCUCCUCCCUCCUCUUCUACCUCUCCAGGGUCAGUCAUGGGGCAGCGCGCAAUCCGGAAGCAGCUAGCCCACAGUGCUUCCCUCAGUCUCAAGGAGCAGCAGGCCACUACUGCCCUGCUAGGGGCCGUGUCGGGGUCUCUGGGGGCCCUGGCCCAGUCUGUGCAGCAGCUGGUGGAGUCGCAGCAGGAGUUUGUACGCGACUCCCUGGAGAUGCAGCGAGAGACUGUGAGCGUCCUGCGAGACUUCUCUACCAAUGCCCUGGCUCUCCUGCGGGACAAGGUCAACGGCCACCCGCCUUCUUAACUCCCAGUUCACAUACAGAACCCAACACAACAUACACACGGACCCAACCUGUGAAGUGCUUGCCCGUGGACUGAGAUCAUGUCAUUAAUACUGUUUGCGGAUUCACCUUGAGAAUGAGUAUGCUGCCACUAGUAUAGAGUACUGAAUAGCAGGAAGCCAAAAUAAAAUUAUGAAUAUCUUUAUAUACUGGAGAUGAGCUUUCUAACUAGUGACUGUUUUGUGAUACUUUUGAUGAUAAAGAGCAAUGCAUCCACGUGUCAUGGUUCCAGAACUAUGGUAAAUACAAUUUUUUUUUCCUGAAUGGAACAAGAGUGGACAUUGCAAGGAUGUCUGUCAAAGAAAAACUUGUGCAAUACUCUAAAAAAUAUUUUCAAGGGUAAGCGAACUGUUUAUCUGAGCCGGUUUUGUUUUACAUGGCCUCAUUUGUAGGUUUCCUCUAACAAGUAUGCAAAGACUGGUCAUCCACACACUUCAAGCAUAACCAGCCACAUUUCUAGAUUAAUUUGGGUCAAAUCGAUUAGAUUACAAAAAAAAGCAGCAUAUGUGGAAAGUAUGAAUGAGUUUUCGUCUGCCAACCUCUCAUAUUACUAUCCGAAGGUUAGGUGGUUUGGUUUUUAAACUGGUAAUAAAUCCCACUACAACUACGAGACGACUAAAUAGAAACUGGCCAUAUUUGUAGCAUUUGCACUUCAAUUUAAUGUAUUUUCAUUUUAUAUUGAGUUUAAAUUAUAUUGAGUGUCCAACUUUUUAGGAACGUUUUGAGAAUGUUUUAGAUAUAUUUUGUCAAUGCUGAAUAAAUGUUUUUAUGAAAAACUAACCUUUUCACUGAACUUCAAUUAACUUUUGUUCUUCCAGACUGAAUGAUUUUUUAAAACAUUCUCUAGACAACUGUACUGUAACAUGUAAUAUGUGACUCCUUCAACCAAAUCUUGAGAAUAAAACAACCUGUUUUGAA